AGCUCGGUACCAGCAAACCACAGUAUCUGUUCACGCUCGCUUCUCGGCCGCCGAUCCAGAUUCGGGACGAGUCACUCACCUCUGCAGGAGAGCAUGGUUACGAGUUACUGAUCUAGUUCUGCCUUUACUAAGAGUAUCAGAUCCUAGAGUUGCAACACUUAAAGGACGAACACUUCUGGGCCUAUCUGCUGGCAGAUGUGAAGUGCAGGCCGUUUCACCUGUUACUGGCCGAGUAAUGGGCGCGAGGGAAGUGCGUGUGGCGUCUGAUAGAGUUGCUAUCGCUGGUCUUCGAGCAAAUGUUGUAUCAGGAUUGCAACUUCGAGUUUCAGCUGCAUCAGAUUCAGGAAACAAUGAAUACAUUGCAGAGACCUCCGUUACUAGAAAACUAACAGCUCAAUAUCAGGAGGGUCUUCUGGACCUGGACGUAGUAUUUUCUGAUGGUUCAGUAACACCACUACGGGACAUUGAUCGUGAUGCAUAUUCUCUUCGUGUGCAAAGUUUGGAUUCUGAGGUUGUUGCUUUUGCGCCAAUGCUUGGAUCUUCUCACCCAAGAGUCAUAGCUGUUGGAGAAGGUAGUGGGGAUUUGCUACGCGUUACGUUACUCUUGAACGAGCAAUGCAGGCCGAGAUUACGACAUUUUUUGAAUGGGCAUCCUUGUCCAGGAACUCCACUACCGCCAAUGCCUCACGGCGCAGUUCUAGCAGAAGCUUCAGUAGAUGUGCAAGUGGAUUUUGCACAGAAUGAUGUUGGGGAUGUAAAUCAUUGGGAUAUACCAUUACGAGAUUCGGCACAAUCGGGAUUAGGCUUGACUUCCAGAUCUGCCAGGCCGAGAUCUAGUCCACGGCGAGAAGACUUAUCAUCUUUAGAAAUUGGAAUGUAUGUCUUGUUGGCAGCUUUAUGCUUUGCUAUAGUUGUGUUCGUGGUAUCUUGCGUGGUGUACGCUUCUCGUUUGAAGCCUGCACAUGUGGGAGGAGGCGUUACUGUUACUCCAGUGACACGUCGCUCAAGUGGUGCCAACGGCAACGGGAAUGGCAACAGGCUGGCCAACGGCGUUGGAAUCACAGAAAAUAAUCGAGAUUGUUCAAACGCACAUGAUUGGGUAUGGCUCGGACGUGCAACUAUGGACGAUAGGGAGUCUGGCCAUUUGAUGACUAGGGAUGAUCACGUGAAUGGUAACAACGUUGAUAUGCGAAUAAUUGAUAACCCUAUGUCAAUUAAUUAUUGCGAACCUGGAGACUCUAUGAACAAUCAAUCUGGACAACAACCUAGAGCCAUUGAUUCUACAACUUAUUGCAAAAAAGAUCGUAUCAAGCCGCCAAUUAGACAUUCGAGCAACGAUGUUGGACCUCCCGUUCCUCCUCAUGGAGUGGCAGAUUGCU